CCUGUGUUCCAGAGCCUAGCCCAGCUAGAGAACCUGUGCAAGCAGCUGUAUGAGACCACAGACACUGCGACACGGCUCCAGGCAGAGAAAGCCUUGGUUGAGUUCACCAACAGUCCAGACUGCCUGAGCAAGUGCCAGCUUCUUCUAGAAAGAGGGAGUUCCUCCUACUCCCAGCUAUUGGCAGCUACAUGCCUUACAAAACUCGUGUCACGCACAAACAACCCUUUACCGUUGGAACAACGAAUAGAUAUUCGGAACUAUGUGCUCAACUACCUUGCCACCAGGCCAAAACUGGCAACGUUUGUCACACAAGCACUAAUCCAGUUAUAUGCCAGGAUCACAAAGUUGGGCUGGUUUGACUGUCAGAAGGAUGAAUAUGUCUUCAGGAACGUGAUCACAGAUGUCACAAGGUUUUUACAGGAUAGUGUAGAGCACUGCAUCAUAGGAGUGACAAUCCUGUCCCAACUAACUAAUGAAAUUAAUCAAGCGGAUACUACUCAUCCACUGACCAAGCACAGGAAAAUAGCCUCUUCCUUCCGAGAUUCAUCCUUAUUUGAUAUUUUCACACUGUCAUGCAAUUUACUGAAACAGGCUUCUGGGAAGAACCUGAAUCUGAACGAUGAAAGCCAGCACGGUCUGCUCAUGCAGCUUCUUAAGCUCACACAUAAUUGCCUGAACUUUGAUUUCAUUGGCACGUCAACAGAUGAGUCCUCGGAUGAUCUUUGCACUGUGCAGAUCCCAACCAGUUGGAGAUCAGCAUUCUUGGAUUCUUCGACCCUUCAGUUGUUUUUUGAUCUUUAUCAUUCCAUCCCUCCUUCGUUUUCUCCUCUGGUUUUAUCCUGCUUAGUGCAGAUAGCCUCUGUACGCAGAUCCCUCUUCAACAAUGCAGAAAGAGCAAAGUUUUUAUCUCAUCUCGUCGAUGGAGUUAAACGAAUACUGGAAAACCCACAGAGUUUAUCAGACCCGAAUAACUACCAUGAAUUCUGCCGAUUGCUGGCCCGAUUGAAAAGCAAUUACCAACUGGGAGAGCUGGUGAAGGUGGAGAACUACCCCGAGGUCAUCCGACUCAUUGCCAACUUCACCGUGACCAGCCUGCAGCACUGGGAGUUUGCACCAAACAGUGUCCACUAUCUCCUGAGCUUGUGGCAGCGGCUGGCUGCGUCAGUGCCCUAUGUUAAAGCCACAGAGCCUCACAUGCUGGAAACAUACACCCCAGAAGUCACAAAAGCUUACAUCACGUCCCGCCUGGAGUCUGUGCACAUCAUCCUGAGGGAUGGUUUGGAGGAUCCACUGGAUGAUACUGGCCUUGUGCAACAGCAGCUAGAUCAGCUAUCCACAAUUGGCCGGUGCGAGUAUGAGAAGACCUGCGCUCUGCUCGUGCAGCUCUUCGACCAGUCAGCCCAGUCCUACCAGGAGCUGCUGCAGAGUGCCACUGCCAGCCCCAUGGACGUUGCUGUACAAGAAGGGCGCCUGACGUGGCUCGUCUAUAUAAUCGGGGCAGUGAUUGGUGGUAGGGUCUCGUUCGCCAGCACGGAUGAGCAGGAUGCCAUGGAUGGCGAGUUGGUUUGUCGGUAGGGAUGCUGCA